GGAAAGACAAGGUUGUCUGUUUCAUGUGUUCUACACUUGUUGAUUUGACGAAAUGGAUCGAAUACUAUCUCUCACCGAUGAUGAGUUAAGAGCCGAAUUGUCUGACAGGGGAUACUGUCCACCACCUAUUCAAGAUGAUGUCACUAGGAGAAUAAUGCGCAAAAAGCUAGCACUAUUUAUUGAUCCUUCUAUGGUGAUUGAAGAGCCGGUUCGGAAUUCGGAUUCUUCAGAGAACAGCGAUGUGCUUGAUUCAGCUGGAGAUACAAGUGUUCGUUCCAGAAAUCGUGUCAGGUUUUCCGAAGCUCAAGAAACAGUGUAUGAGGUUACUGGUGAGCACAAGCGUGGUGUCUUCUGGUACGCGAUGUCCAUGUUGGUUUUGUUUGUUAUCGGAUUUAUCGUACUGAAAAAUAUGGAUAUCGUAUAGUUAUUUGUAAAGAUUUUGAUAUCUUUCUCUGCCCAGUGAUCAAUAAUAUUUAAGAUUCUUAUAA